CUUCUUCUCUUUCGCUCCAGCUAUUCCAUCAUUUCCGUCUCCGUCCUCUCUCCCCUCCUUCGCUUAUCUCUCCCCUUUCUACCGCCACGGAAGUCCUUUUUUAUUCCGAGUUUUCCCCUGGAAGCUUCUCGGAUCCUUCCCCUGUUCCCCGCCGUCGGGUUUCGCGCCUUGCGUUCCCGCCCGCGGGCGCGUCGGUGGGUCGCAGGCGGCGGUUCGUGUCACAUAGGACUCUUCAUUGAAUUGAACUGUCAAAGGAAACUGAGGAAGGUGGCUGCUGGGGUGGGAGUACGCUAAGCAGCUAGAGGAAGAACCCUAAUUCAGGAUCAUGGGUGCUCUUUGUGAUUUCUGUGGGGAGCAAAGGCCAACAAUUUAUUGCCGAUCAGAUGCCGCAUCCUUAUGUUUAUCGUGUGAUCGUAAUGUGCAUUCAGCUAAUGCCCUUUCUCGGAGACACAUGAGGACCCUUCUUUGUGACCGUUGUGCUUCACAGCCUGCAGCAGUCCGAUGUCUUGAAGAGAAUACCUCACUUUGCCAAAACUGUGAUUGGAACGGGCAUGGUGCAACAUCCUUGGCUGCUGGGCAUAAACGGCAGCCCAUAAACUGCUACUCAGGGUGCCCAUCAUCAGAGGAGCUUUCAAGGAUCUGGUCAUUUGCUAUGGAUACCCAUACUGCAGCUGAUGAACCGAACUGUGAGGAAGGAAUAAGCAUGAUGAGCAUAAAUGACAGCGGUGUCAAUAAUCAUUAUGCUGCUGAACAAGAGAGCAGCCUGUUGGAUAUAGCUAGCACAGCACUCAUGAGUCAUCCACCCACUGUUGAAAAGCUUAAACCUUUGAAUUCCGGAGAUGGGAUGAAUCUUCGGCCACUUGCCACACAUCAGCCAGCUGGAUCAGUUUCAGUGACGCCAAAGGUACAGUGUAUCACAGACGAAAAUAUGUUCGAUGAUGGCAGCAUAUACGAAGACUUCUGUGUAGAUGAUGCUGACUUGACAUUUGAGAAUUACGAAGAACUGUUUGGUACCUCACACAUUCAAACAGAGCAACUAUUUGAUGAUGCUGGGAUUGACAGUUAUUUUGAAACCAAGGAAAUGCCAGCUACUGAAUCUAAAGAGGAGCUCAAACCUAUGCAGCCAGAAUGCAGCAACGUGGUAUCUGCUGAUUCCAGCCUUUGUAUUCCUUCUAGGCAUGCCAUAUCCAGUAUAUCCCUCUCCUUCUCAGGUUUGACUGGCGAGAGCAAUGCUGGAGAUCAUCAAGAUUGUGGGGUAUCACCAAUGCUCCUUAUGGGCGAGCCACCCUGGCUUCCUCCAGGUUCUGAAGGCUCAUUUGCCAGUGGUAGCAGAGGUAGCGCUCUCACAAGGUACAAGGAGAAGAAGAAGCGACGGAAAUUUGACAAGAAGAUCAGGUAUGCUUCUCGCAAGGCUAGGGCAGACGUGAGAAAGAGGGUCAAGGGUCGCUUUGUAAAAGCUGGUGAAGCAUAUGACUAUGAUCCACUCAGCGAAACAAGAAGCUACUGAAUCCUGAAUGCAAAUAACUAUCAUCCAGUUGUCUGACUAGCAGGAUAACCUUCAGCAGCUCAUUGGUGUUGCUUGAACUAAGCAAGAUCGCUGAAGAACACAAGCAAUUGUACCAGGUUGGUAGGUUGCGAGUUGAAAAAACAGUACAAAAAGAGAAGGCGCAAAAAUGCAAGAAGUUUGAUGUAUGCUACUGCUCCAUUUUCUCCAUUACAGUGGAUGAUGGAACAUGCAUAUCAUUUUAUUAAGGGUCAGUGAUUUCAAUCACUUCCCACCAUCUGUGCAUUAAUCCAAUAAUACAAUUUCAGGGCAGUCCAUUUCUACCCACUGAUUGCGCAUGGCAGCCAUCCCUGCUUCAUGCCUUUAUCCACAAUGUUUGGCUGUGCGCUGCCAGGUCAGACAUGUAGUUACAUUAUUAACCAUACUUUCUGGAGCUCCCUCCUGUAACAUUAUUUAUUUAUUUAUUUAUGAAACACGGCCUGCUGUUAUGAGGAUACAUAGAUGGAUGCACCAUUAGCUUGUUUAGAAGGAAUUGUGGUUGCUUUAACUUGUGAAGUUUGUUCUUGUAAAGAUGCUGGGUAUGAAAUAGAAGCAUUCAUGUAUCCGGACACUGAAUCUAUGUACUUAAUUUUGUGCCACAGUAGCCAUUUCUUCAGUU